CGCAGCCAGAGGGACUCACAGCGGGACUCAGCUCUCCUUCAGCACAUCUCCAGCUCUCUUUUGCUCGACCACUGGACAAACUUUACCACCAGGAUGAAUCGAAAGGCAAUGUCAAUUACUGGCACCACCACCACUAGAAGGUCCUACGCCAUGCCAGUCAGCUCCUCUACCAGAAGCAGCUACUCUUUCGGUGGACCCCAACAGAAUUUUAGCAGCAUGUCCUUGCAAAGGUCAGGAAGCUAUGGUCUGUCUUCAAGCCAAGGAAUGGGUUCUUUCGUUCCACCGAUCACAGCCGUCCAUGUCAACCAGAGCCUGCUGGCCCCCCUGAACCUGGAGAUUGAUCCCAACAUCCAAACUGUCCGCACCCAGGAGAAGGAGCAGAUCAAGUCCCUCAACAACCGCUUUGCGAAUUUCAUCGACAAGGUCCGUUUUCUGGAGCAGCAGAAUAAGAUGCUGGAGACCAAAUGGAGUCUCCUGCAGGAACAGACCACCACCCGCUCCAACAUCGACAGCAUGUUCGAGGCCUACAUCGCCAACCUGCGCCGACAACUGGACGGGCUGGGCAACGAGAAGAUGAAGCUGGAGGGAGAGCUGAAGAACAUGCAGGGAUUGGUUGAAGACUUCAAGACAAAGUACGAGGAUGAAAUCAACAAGCGUGCUGCUGCUGAGAAUGAGUUCGUGCUCCUUAAGAAGGAUGUUGAUGCCGCUUACAUGAACAAGGUGGAGCUGGAGGCUAGAGUUGAUGCUCUUCAGGAUGAAAUCAAUUUCCUCAGGGCUCUCUACGAAACUGAACUUCAUGAAAUGCAAAGCCAGAUCAAGGACACAUCUGUCAUUGUUGAGAUGGACAACACCCGUAACCUUGACAUGGAUUCCAUUGUGGCUGAAGUGCGCGCUCAGUAUGAGGACAUUGCCAACCGCUCCAAGGCUGAAGCAGAGACCUGGUACAAACAGAAGUAUCAGGAGAUGGAGUCCUCUGUUGGAAAGUACGGGGAUGAUCUGCGCACAACAAAAGCUGAGAUUGCAGAGCUUAACCGCAUGAUUGCCCGUCUUCAGAAUGAAAUUGAGGGAGUCAAGUCCCAGAGAAGCAACAUUGAGGCCCAGAUUGCAGAGGCUGAGGAGCGUGGUGAGUUGGCAGUGAAGGAUGCCAAGGCUCGCAUCAAGGACUUGGAGGAGGCUCUACAGAGAGCCAAGCAGGACAUGGCCCGCCAAGUGCGUGAAUACCAGGAGCUGAUGAAUGUGAAGCUGGCUCUGGAUAUUGAAAUUGCCACCUACAGAAAACUGCUGGAAGGAGAAGAGAGCAGACUGAAUGGCGGAGGCAGCAAAACCACCGUUCACGUUCAGCAAACAAGUGGUGGAUUCUCUCAGUCCAGCGGCAGCUUUGGUUAUGGUGGCGGCCUCUCUGGUGGACUUGGUGGCGGCCUCUCUGGUGGACUUGGUGGAGGCCUGGGCGGCUAUGGCGGUUAUGGUGGCUCAAUCUCCAAGACCUCAUCCUCAAAAAGCCACUCUCAGAAGUUCUAUUAAAGUUUGCAAACAAGGAGAGCUGUCCCCCUUUUGUCUUUAGAAACUCCUGAGUUCAGGCUAAUUUGGUCCAUUUUUAUGGUGCUACGCCUUAACAUCAGACAUGUUCAGGAAGCCAGCUGAACAUCCCAAAAAUCUGUGAUCCAUUGGAACUAGCUUCUCUUUUCAAUUCAACACAGGUGUUUCUGAAUGUUCAGGUCAGUUAGCAUGGCAUUUCUUUUCUUUAUGCACUGAAGUCACCAAACAAGGAAAGAAAAAUAGAUUUACGUGGAGUGUUAAAACUAAGCAAAAAAAUAUUUGAGAAUCCAUAGUUUGCACUGUAGCUCUGGCAAAUUCUUCAUCUGACAAUCUCAAUAUCAACAUUUGAGAGCUGAUGCAAUUGAAAGGAGACUUAAAAGAACAUGAAAUUUGUUUGAAUUUGCAUAUAAAUAGCUAAACCUUGAGCUGAUUAGUUACUGGUUUACUUUUUUAUACUGUUUUGUCAGAUGUUUCUUUGCUAGUUUUGCCUCUCCGAUGCCUUCAAGCUACAACCUGUCAGAACCAUUCAUUUUUAUACAUAAGAACUGACCUUCACUGCAAUGUUGCUGAUGAAAGUUGAAUUGAAUCAAAAUAAAAGAAGUUUGAGAAAGUC